AUGGAUUAUCUUACUCGAAGUCUCCAAUUAGUUGCCCAAGGUUCUGUUUUUAGGUAUCAUCCUAUGUGCAAGAGUCUCCAACUCGUUAGCUUGUGUUUUGCUGAUGACUUGUUGCUAUUUUGCAAAGGGACUCUCUCUACUGUUACAGUUCUAAAGAGUAUUCUUGGGGAGUUCAGUUCAGUGACAGGGCUUCAAAUUAAUGAGAGUAAAUCUCAGAUUUUCUAUGGGGGAGUUUCUGCUGUUGUUAAACAUCAAAUAGUUGCUGAGAUGAAGUUGUCAGAAGGGGUAUUUCCUCUUAAAUACCUUGGUGUCCCUAUGAGACCAACCAAAUGGAAGCAUGAAGACUGUGAUAUCAUCAUUCAAAAAAUCAAAAUGCGAUUGCAUACUUGGACUAGUAGGCACCUUUCUUUCGCUAGUAGAAUUCAAUUGAUUCACUCAGUUCUUUUUGGGCUGAGGAAUUAUUGGAUGAGUGUUUUUGUUCUUCCUCAAAGCAUAAUCAAGGAAGUUGAAAAGCUCUGUCAUGGAUUUCUCUGGGGAGUCAAUGGAAAUAGGAGCAGGAUUCAUAUGGCUUCUUGGGAGAAGGUGUGCCUGCCAAAAGCUUAUGGUGGUCUCGGCUUUAGAAAUGGUCUGUUUUGGAACUAUGCCAUUUUAGCUAAGUACAUUUGGGCGAUUUCUGAGAAGCAUGAUUUGCUGUGGGUUAAAUGGAUAAACUCAAUAUAUUUGAAAGGCUCAAACUUCUGGUCUUAUAAGUUACCUCCGGAUACUAGCUGUUCUCUUAGCCAGCAACCAAUUGGUUACCAUCGAGUUGUUUGGUGUAGAUUGUCUAUUCCUAAGCACAUAUUUCUGUUAUGGCAAAUUUUGGAGCUUAUAUUUGAUUGGAUGGCUUUUAGAGCCUGGCCUAUUGAAUAUGAUAGCUGGAGGAUAUGGCUCUCUAGCAGAAGCCAAAGUGGUCUUUUUCAUCUAACAAACAUGAUUUUGGCAGCUGUGGUGUAUAGCAUAUGGAGGAAUCGGAACAGUUGUGUUUAUGACACUUAUUCUAGAUCUGUUGUUGAUUCAUCUCUGGUUUUCCGAGAUUCAUCCGAGGUUCUUGAACUGGGAAAUUUAUCCUCAUUUCCAACAAAAUCAAAGACAGGUUUCAAAUCAAAACGGGAGAAGAAAGUUCAAGAUCCUAGAGCUUCCGCAUUACAACUGAUACAGAACACAAGUUAG